AUGGUGGACACUGCCUCGAAGCAUCGAGCUGAGUUUGCCUUUGCUCAGCUUGAGAACGAGAGAUCUCUGACAUCUCUUCGUGACGAGCUAAGGGUAGCUCGUGGGAUUGUUGAUCGGUCUCGGGCUGAGAUAACUGCUCUUCAGACCCUUGUUGAUGCCCACCAUCGGGAGCACAAGGCUCUCUGCGAGAUGCUUGAGUGA